GCUGUCAGGGGAGGAUUUAGUGCAAUCCCGAACACGGAGUGGUUGCAUCUGAGAAAGUGAGUGAUGCUCAGACGGGAUCCAGACACUUAUGGAAAAAAAAUCACCCGAUGUGUCAUGCAGUUAUGCGAAACAGAAGCUUUAACCCUGAUCUGAAACUGGAUAUGGAAGCUAUCGACUUCUGUGCGUUCUGUCUGCUUUGAAGCUGGUCAAAGUAGUGGAAUAAUGGCGAGAAAUCCUAAGAUUACAAAGUAUUUCUCUCAUAACCAUCACGAAACAGUUACUGGAAAUCCCGACUAGAAGCCUAAUCCGCGUGCAACACGCGCGUUUACCGGGGCUUUAACGUACACGGUUCACGGCGACUAGUUAAACGCGCGGAUAAUCUCUCUCCUCGGAUCACCUUGGACGAAACAUGAGUUUCACUAAAUGGAGGGUCUAAUGAUGGAGGGACGUAGUCGGGUCACCGCGUGCGUACUGCUGAUGUUCGUCUCCAUGGUGAUCGCUGAUUCACCUGCUGCAGUCUGGCCUUUGGAGGCUCCAAACCUGCCAAAUGAGUCUUCAGUGGAAGUGCUACAUAAUGCGUUCUCCGCUUUGUCUGGAUUUUCUCUUUCACCUAGUUCGGAUCCAUCCAAAGCCACAGAGAAUUACAAUCACAAUGUUAACACUGGAUCAGUGUUUGCUUACUCCCUGAACUCUGCCACAAGCCCAGAGCCUCUUGCCACACCUCCUUUGCUUUCCUUAAAGUCUGGAGAGAGAGUUGAAUAUACCCAGAGAGGUUCAUCCAGACAGCCUCGACAAAUAAAUUCUCCAGUGCCUACCUCCCACAAUGUGCCCUUAUCUUGGUCUGCUAUCAGCCCAGCUCCUCAAAUAUCACAGACUACAGGUUCAUAUGUGCCGUCUAGCUUGCCUUCAGUUAGAGAAGAUUCUCCUGAUGAGCCUCCUGUUUCUUCCCCUCAAACGCAGUAUGGGAUGGUGGGAGUCAAUAACUCUGAGGUUUCCUUUGGAGACAGAUUGGAACCAUCUAGCAGAAACCAAGACCUCCAGUUACAAACCAGCCAUGACCCCAACACCCAGCUAGGCUAUCAGCAGUUGGAGCCAAGUCGUGUGGUUUUCGUACACCAUCAAAUGACUUCAGUGUCUGUCGAGCCAACAAUGGGCCCACCCGAAGACCUUUUCCCAACCAACACUAUGGAUGUGGAGUAUGGCUCUGGAGAUUACUUAGAAACAAUGUCCUUUAUGGGAUCUGAAGGCAAUGACUAUUCAAUGGUUAGCAAUCUAGUCACUGAUGUGUAUGACUUUGAGGACUCCAAUUCAGAAACCUAUGACACCACGUUUCCCUCAAGAAUGGUGAUGUCAUUUUCCAGCAAACAAUUGUAUCCCUCCUCUAUCAGUGUUACAAAUUCCUUCUCUAGCAAGCCUGUUGAAAGUUCCAUUUUCAAUAGCAAUUCAACCCCGAGUGGAGCCACCACUGACUUGACCAAACACAUAACAACCUUUCAGAGUUUUACAACCGCUGUGCCCUCUACCAUGUCAAGACUUCCAGUUAUCACCAGUAUUUUGACAUCAGACAUUGGUCACACCAUUUCAACCAUCCAGCCAACCAAAGUCCAUUCUUUACCCAUUCUCCCGACAGCUUCAGAUGUCUUAAACCAGAACCAGUCUGUCAAUGAGAGCUCAGAGUUAGCAUCUGACUGGCCAGGCACUGUUACAGUCCAACCCACCGAUCUUUUACCAGACAUGAACAGUUUAGAGUACUACACCAUUCAGUUGACCAAGGACAAUGGUAGCUUGCCAGAGCCCACUGCCAAUCAGACAACCUCUAGUGUUUUCUCUUUCAUUCCCGUUGGCACCACACACAUUGUGAGCACUAGAACCUACACCAUUGACCCAAGCUACAUGCUAACAGCUUUGUUUGAUGAAGAUCUACAGCCUACAGGUAACAGUUCCUGGACUGAAGAAUCCUCAACGGAUAUCUCUGGAUUUGAACCUUUUAACACCACUAUCUUGGAUCCCUCUGAAGUUGGACCUAGUUUAACAAAUACUACACUGCCAUAUUUGGAGCCGUCAUUUACACCAACAAUAGACCCUUCAACCUCCCUGGGAGAUACAAACUUAACCACUGAUUGGGCUAUGUCACCUUUUAUACCUCACAACACUUCAUUAUUGGUGACUACCCAACCUCCAGUGACCAAGGAACCAGAUAGCAUGUCUUCUGUUAAUGACAGCCAAUGGAUUAUCACCCCGCUUCCAACACAGACGCUCUUUCCUAGUAGUGUACUUUCCACUGUUUUAGUAACCAGCAUCAUCAGUGUUUCUGAAAACCCAACUGACUCAACCUUCAAUAUCACCUCAACCCCUCCUGCAACAGUGAUGGCUGAUGAAGGAUUUGUGUCUGGAACAACACCUGACACCAUGGUUACUGAUAGCGAUGACACCACACUGAUCGAUAGCCUUACAACCACGUCCUCCCCAGUAUUACAUAAUGACACUACUGUGGAGCCUUUCACUAUCUCUAGCUCCAACAACACAACAGUGACUACCCUGAAUGACACAUCAGUUACAACCCAAUCCACAACCCUCCCAACAACCACUGCCCGGAAAUAUCUAUGCAACAUCACUAAAUCUGACACCUAUUUGAUCAGAGUUGGGUUUCCUCCUGGGUCCACUGCUGGAUAUGCCAAGGCCAAAGUCAGAGAGAUUCUCAAAGCAGAAUAUAACCGCUCUGUGGAGCUACAGGUAGUGAAAGCUCCUCCGGACUUUGUGUUUCGUGUCGUUUCUGGUGCAGUGGUCUAUACUGCCAUAUCAGUCAUUAAUGCCCUGAGAAUCUCUGAUCGGACCACCAGCUCCUUUAUCAGCGUUUCACCCAUCAGUCCUGUACCAGGCCUGCAGUACCAUGUUCAUACAGUUCUUCAGUUUGUACCCAUCCAUGUAGAUGUGCGAAUGUGUACCUUCAGUGAGCAGACAGAGAAGGGUCUGAUCACAGCUUUAUCUGAAGUCCGCCGACGCUCACAAGAGUCCACAAACUUUACUGUGAAUAUUUUGAACGUCACCAUGAGUUCUGUGGAAAUGGCGGCACAACAGCAGAAGGUUCCAGUGGAGAUCACCUUUGCUGUACGCGAUAUGCAGGGGUAUGUGCUAGGGACAGAGGUGAGCGCCCAGCUUCGUCAACUCAGUGUGGUCGAGUACAGCUACUACCUGGGCUACCCUGUACGGCAGAUCGCAGAACCUUUCCACUACCCAGAGCUGAACACAACCCAGCUGCUUCGUUCCUCGUGGGUUAGAACAGUGUUGUUGGGAGUGUUGGACCAGCGCGAGAGUGACAAGAUCUUCAAGGCUACGAUUGAGAGGAGACUGGCUCAGUUGCUGGGCGAUGCACUGGGUAUGAGCCGUCGCUUUAGAAGAGCAACUAGUGUGGGAAACAACAGCGUGCAGAUCGUACAGACCACUCCUCUUGUGGGCCCUGACAACCCUGUGGAGAUUAUCUACUUUGUGGAAGGAGCUAAUGGACAGAGACUUCCCGCUGCAACCACAGCCAGCAUGCUCAACAGUCUUGAUGUGCAGCAUGCAGCGAUCAUCAUGGGAUACCGCGUCCAGGGAAUAUUAGCGCAGCCUGUGGAGAAACAGGCCUCGCCUCCCUCAGACACAGAGAAGACCAACACAUGGAUUAUCGUAGGGGUGGUGGUCCCCGUGGUGGUGGUGAUCAUUAUAAUAACGAUCCUGUACUGGAAACUCUGCCGCACCGACAAACUGGAAUUCCAGCCAGACACCAUGAGCACCGUCCAACAAAGACAGAAGCUGCAGGCGCCCAGCGUGAAAGGUUUCGACUUUGCCAAGUUGCACAUGGGCCAGCACAGUAAGGAUGAUCUCAUGGUCAUCCAGGAGCCGUUGCCACUUCCUGUGACCGCCAAGGAACAGAGCCCAGCUGAGAACGCAGAGGUGCCCACACCAAAGUCCAAAGCCUCCUCCAAAGCUUCCCGCAGUGGUCAGAGACGCAGGGGACAGAUUUCUCCGUCAGAGGGCGACUCCAUAGGCAGUGACCCACCCAGCGACAGAGGGUCACCUGAGGAGGGCAUGAGACCCUCUGGUCUGCCCACUGAUCCAAAACAGCCACGAAAAGUAGCUGCUAAUGGACUAAAUGGGAAGAAUAGAAUUGGUCCACCCCCAACGAAUGGCAUGGAUGAGCCUUUGUCUUCAGCUUCCAUUUUUGAGCACGUGGACCGAAUGGCCCGCCCAACGGACGGCCCUAAACGGCCCCCUAAUAAAAUCCAGCUCAUCGCCAUGCAGCCGAUGCCAGCCCUGCCCUUACCCAGCCCUACGGCCAAUGACAAAGCAGCAGAGAAUGCCAAGCUCAACAAAGAGAUCCAGGUUGCUUUACGGCACAAGUCUGAAAUCGAGCACCAUCGCAAUAAGAUCCGCCUGAGGGCCAAAAGGAAAGGCCAUUAUGACUUUCCCGCUAUGGAUGAUCUCAUUGAUGGUCUAGGCGACCCCAAAGAACAGGACCGAAUCUACCAGAAGGCCCAGAUGCAGAUCGACAAGAUACUUGAUCCCGAUAUUCACAUGCCCUCACUCUACACCGAGCCCAAGAAAAGCAACAGAGGGAAGCGGUCUCCUAAACAGAGAAGGAAACAACAACUGAACGGUGAUCUGACAGAUGCUGACCGAGAUAGACUCAUCACGACAGACAGUGAUGGGACAUACAGGAAAUACCCAGGAGUCAAUAACAUUGCAUAUGUGUCGGACCCAGACCAGGGUCCCGAGCAUCCUAGCCCGUCCCCGACGGAUGACGUCUUCCAUGGUCCGAUCUCUCCUCCUCCUGGCCACCCUCCUCCACCACCCCCAUACCUGCCCCCUCAGCCGUCUAUAGAGGAGGCCCGACAGCAAAUGCACUCUCUACUGGAUGAUGCCUUCGCCCUUGUCUCUCCUUCUUCUCAGGGCAGCACAGCUGGCAUCACUCUGCCUGGGGUCGGGCUUAACCCUGGAACCCCACCUGCCUCCAGCCCGCCGUCCCGUGGACCGCGUCCCUGGGGCCCAGGAUACCUGCCCUUGAAUCCCUACACAGGGAGAUAUGCUGAGUUAGGGCUGCCACCUUCCAGUGCGCAAGGUUUACUACAUCGACAGGGUUUAGGGUCUGGCUACAUCCCGUCAGGAGAGGCCCUUCCUGUUGACCAGCUACAUCCCGAGUCCCUUUACGCCGGCCGCGGAGGAAACGCAGAUGAACUGCCCUCCUCUGCCAGGCCACGGCCUGUAGGUGGGACUACAGGUGCCCCGCUACAUCAUUUUAGCCACGUUGGUCUGACAGGUCGUGUGGGGGACAGCCGGCAGCCUGGUGGGUUAAACUGGAGCCCUUAUCAUGAGGACGACAACAAGCUCGCUAAUAACAGAGAGCCCGUUCUUGGCUCUCUUGACUACACCUCCAUCUCUGUGUUCCAGACCUCCAGGAACGGCCUGAAGGAGCCAUCUGCUGCUCCUGCCCACCUGGACUCUCUCGGCCUGGGCUACGCUCCCUCCGCUCCCCUGGAGGAGCCUUCCCCUCCCAACCACUCUUCCGCCUCACUCAUCAAAGCCAUCCGAGAGGAACUGAUGCGCCUCUCCCAGAAACAGGCAGCGGUACCCAACUACCACAGCUGAGACCUGCCCCCUUCAGCUCCAUCAGGCAAAAACUGCACUACACUGCACUGUACUUCCCAUGGAAGUGGCUUUUUUGAGAGGACGAUGACUGCACAUCAUGUAGCCUCUGCUGCCGCCCGGCGGCAGAGAGCAUUAAGACAGGAAGAGCAGACGAUUAUUCUUUAUUCCCACGUUCCUGUUCCCACGUUGUUCAAAAAAUAAGACUGAAGAACAAUGUUUUUUACCUUCUUUACAGGCGACUUUAUAAUUCGGUAGCAACUGCUCUAUACAGACCAGGAUGGAAAAAAAAAAGCUACAAUAUGGCUGCCACACAUUCCUAUGGUCUUCUGUUAGACGUGUGCGUGUGUUUUUUCACGUUGUGUUGUUUCUUUGCUGUGUACACUGCCUUCACGUUUGAAUUAUUUUAUACCUUGCACUGACUCUUGUAGAUUCUCAUCACUGAAAACCGAACUGCUUUUGAUAACUUCAAUCAAUCUCUGUGAUCUACAUCGGUGCAUCUUCCUUCCAAGUCAAGUCAAGUGGCUUUUUAUUCCAUUCACUCGUGACACUUUUAUCUCUGUUUCAUAGCCAUCAAGCAUUUGCCUUUAUAAGACAGUAUUGAGCCCUAGACAGUAUUGUCUUAUACUUUAGGGUCCAGUGAUAGUGAUGUUUUCCAUCUUCUUAUGCCUUUUUUUGGUUUGGCAUCUACAGGAGAGCUGGAAAUGCUGUACGGCGGUUAUGACCAGUGCAUUAAAGGAAGCAUUAAAGAAAUGUUUCAGGUUCAAUACAACUUGACAUAUUAUAAACAAAAAUAAAAAUGUGUUUUCAGUAAUGUACUUACAAUACAGUAAUAGACUGGUGGUGAAUAAGGGUUUCCAAGUUGCCCGCAAGUUGAUUAGCUGAUUUAAAUGUAAAAAAAUAAAUUAAUAAUAAUUAAAUAACAAAAUUAUUAUACUUUUAAUGUUAUUACAAUUUAGUAAAAUGCCAUCAACUUGUAGCAAUUUAUUCACAUUCAUUUGGAUAAAUUAAAUUUUGAAUUAAAACUUCGUUGGUAGGAUUGUUUAAUGUUUUCAAAAGAGCUCAUCCAACAUACAAGACAAGAGUAUUAUUAUGAAAUAUUAUUAGACUACAAUUUACAACAACUGGACUAACUGUUGUGCUGCUUAAUAUUUUUGUGGAAUAUUUUCAAGAUUCUUUGUUGAACAGGAAGUUCAAAAGAGCAGCAUUCGUUUAAAAUGGAAAUGCGUUUCACUUUCACUUUGACUAAAUACAUAAUACAUACUUGCUAAAAAAAAAAAAAAAGUAUUAAGUUGUUAAUUUACUGACCACAAACUACAUUUCAAUAUACAGUCUAGAUUUUUUCAUUUUAUUUUUAAAUACACUACUCAUAACUGGUAAUUAAUAGGUAGCUUGUGGUCUUCCAUCGAUGUUUUAGUUUACAUUUUAGUUUUACCGAAGAAACUAAAUCAUUUCUGCAGUAGAGUUUCACUUCAGCAAAUGCAAAAAGUGCACAUUCUGUCUCUUAAAUCCAUCAGGAAUGCCUUGGCCCAUUGUAAGUGCGCUACCGUCGACGGGGUUUUUGAGUGAGUCAAAAUGACUGUCAGUGGUAAUCAACAGCCUGUGACAGAUGCAGGAGAGCAUCUGCAUAUAGAGCUUAACUCAUUUCCAUUCCAGAACAUUCCUUAAACUGAAAUUGUGAUAAUUCAGUUCUGAACAAAUCAGUUCUUUCAGUAUUUCCACUGCGUAAAUGAUAUUGCGGUUUGAAUUAUUUAAGCUCAAACUGUUGAUUAAGACCAGGCUUUUUGCCCCGACUGUAUUUUCAAUCAUUUCAUAGCAGGAAGUGUUUUUUUUUUUUAAUGAUUAUUAUUCCAGGAUGCACUAUUGCUCAAUAAACUGCUGUUAAUUAAAUGGGUGCAGUAUAUUCCUCUGUUUUUAUGCUUUUGAUGUGUUAGAAAAGCAUCUGUAGUAUUAGACUCGCUAAAACACUGAUCCCUUGGCUAUUUGUACUUUAUUUCAUGCUGAAAUUGUGUUCUAAAUCUGUUUUUGUGUUCAUGUUGCAAACAGGAUAUCAUUUGCUCUAAGAAAAGGGACACUUCUGUUGAGGACACUUCGCUUGAUCUGCCCUUGUUUAUUUGUUGGAAUUAGUUUUUUUGAUUUCGUUUUUGUUAAGUUUGUCUCAUUGGAAACUACCUUGUAGUUUAAAAUCUGCUGACUCUUUAUUUAAGUGACAAUUAAAAAUGAUUACCGUA